AUGGCUAAUAAAAAUCACUCCAGUCUCAUUAUCAAACUCUCCAUAAUUUUUGUCAUCUUCUCACUCCACUUCUUUGGACAUGUCAACGGUGUCCAAAGCUCAUCAGGAGCUGAUCAUCAUGAUCACAGGCAAGGCCGGUGGGAGCUUCUACUAGACAACGUGGGAGUUGUGGCCAUGCACAUGGCGCUCACUCACCGCAACACCGUCGUCAUCUUCGACCAGACCCGGGCGGGCCCGUCUCGGUACCGCCUCCGCCGCCGCUUCGGCAGCGGGCUGCAGUGCGCUUCCUCGGGCGAUGACGCGUCCGACUCCGGCUGCUACGCCCACUCGGUGGAGUACGACAUCUCUAGCAACCAAAUCAGGCCCAUGAGGCUGGACUCCGACCCGUGGUGCUCCUCCGGGUCUUUCCUCAGCAAUGGGACGCUCCUGCAGACCGGCGGCAACGGCGGAGGCUCGCGGAGGAUCCGGUACUUCGCGCCUUGCGGCGACCACAGCUGCGACUGGCGGCAGUCGAGCCGGAGGCUGUCGGAGGAGCGGUGGUACGCGUCGAGCGUGGCGUUGCCGGAGAAAGAUCGGGUGAUGGUGGUCGGAGGGAGAAGGGUUUUCAGUUAUGAGUUUGUUCCGAAGACGAAUUCGGAGGAAAACGCUUUCCAUCUUCCGCUUCUUCGCAGUACUUACGAGCGGCGUUCUCAAGGGAAUAACCUCUAUCCCUUUGUCCACCUUUCUUCCGACGGCAAUUUGUUCAUCUUCGCCAACCAGGACUCAAUCCUCUUCAACCACAGACGCAACAGAGUGGUGAGGACCUUCCCAAGAAUCCCAGGAGGCGGUUCAAGGAACUACCCCAGCACCGGCUCCUCCGUCAUCCUCCCUCUAGACCACCACAAUAACUUCCAACGUGUUGAGGUCAUGAUCUGCGGCGGAGCGGCCUCCGGGGCCUACCGGUCUGCCCGGCAAAGCCACCGGUACCUCGAGGCCCUGAGCAGCUGCGGAAGAAUGGUGAUCGCUGACAACUCGAGCGAGAGAUCGGAGCCGAGGUGGCACAUGGAAGACAUGCCCGACCCCCGGCUCAUGAAUGAUAUGAUCAUCCUCCCCACCGGCGAUGUUUUGAUCAUCAACGGCGCGAAGCGCGGCGCCGCCGGGUGGGAACGGGCCACGAACGCCUCCCGCCGGCCUUUCCUAUACAAGCCUAAUGAAGCGCGGGGAAGGAGAUUCUCUCUUUUGAGAGCCACAUCGAUUGCUAGAAUGUAUCAUUCGUCGGCGGUUCUUUUGCCUGACGGGAGGGUUCUUGUGGGAGGUAGUAACCCUCACAACAGGUACCGAUCCGGGCGCAACGUCGCGUACCCAACCGAGCUAAGGCUACAAGCCUUCGUUCCACACUACAUGCACGAGCAGUACCACGGAUAUAGGCCAACUAACAUUACCAUACAUUAUGCGCCCGAGAGUCAUGGCUCUGGCGCUAGGUACGGCGAGGAGUUUAGGGUUCAGUUUUGGUUGGGAAGGAGGCCGAGUGACGACCUCGAGUUCACGGCGUACCCGCCGCCUUUUACGACGCACUCGAUGUCUAUGAACCAGCGGUUGCUGAGGCUGAGGCCGAGGAGUGUGGAGAGGCGGCAGGGUGGGUGGGUGAGUGUCGUUUUGGAGGCACCACCUUCCCCUAAUGUAGCUCCCUCCGGUUAUUAUUUGCUUACUGUUGUGAAUGGAGGGAUUCCUAGUCAAUCUCAGUGGCUUAGGUUCAUACAUCAUGCAAAUUAG